AUGUCUUGGCUAGUGUUUUGGCUAAUAGCCCAAAUGAUUGCUGGAUCCCACAGCUGCCUGAAGUGCAGCAAGGAUGCCAUGGCACUUAAGGAUGAAUUCAAAAAUGAGUUCCUGGAGAGGAAACUCCGUGCGGAGCCAGACCUUAAAAAAAAACUGCAGGAGCUUGUGGACAAUACCAUAGAGGGCCUGUCACAUCAACGCAUAGAUCCUGAAAAGUACAUGGCUAUGAUUGAUGAAACUACACUUGGAAUACUUGCCACCCACUUCAAACGCUCUAUGAACCGAAUAAUGGAAAAUGACUUUGAAGAUGGGCAGCUUUUUAAUGAGGUGAACUGGAGCCUUCAGAAACUGACAACUACUUUUCAGGAGAUCAUGCCAGCAAUUACAAAGCUGCAUUGUAGCAAUGAGUGUGGUGUAAUGAUGUAUGUCUCUAUCAACUGCUUCAAUUGUGUCACACGCUCCCACUCGUGCAACAAGGGCAUUUAUUGUGGAGAGAGGAGGAUACAAGUAGAAAUGGAUGAAGAUCUUAUUCUGGACUGUGCUCUGAGAUGGCACAAAGCAAGCCAUGGUAUGAAGAUGUAUAGAUUCUACCGGGUGGUGAAUGGCAAACAGCAGGUGAUGACAACUGGCAAAGAUUCCUUUCUGGUGAAGAAAGAGGCAAACAGCAAUGACACAGGCAGAUAUCGGUGUGAAAUGCUGGAUCCGGAGGGAGAUCCUGCCAGCCGACUUGAAUUCCAUGUAGUAGUGUUGCCUCCAGUUGGGAAGACCACUUGGUUCACGCGUCCACAUAUAACUAUGAUGGAAGGUUCCCUUGCCUUGGGUGUUUCUUCCAGGGCACCACCUCCCCAAGAAGACUGGACAGCUUGGAUAGUGAUUGGGAGCACCGGAGGGGUGCUUUUCCUGGUUGUUGCUGGCUUCGUGUUUUAUUAUCGUCGUAAGAACAAGGAAGAUGAGGAGGAAGAUGAAGAAGAAGAUAAAGAGAGUGAGAGUGAGUCUUCAGAGAUGGUAGAAAUGUGAAAUUUCGUCUAUGCUCAAGAAGAUUCAUAUUUGUCAAAUGCUCCUUAUAUUAUACUUGCUCUUCUAAUUCAUUCAUUUAUUAAUGUAUAAAGACAGUGGAUAUAUUGUACUAAAUGAAGACUUUGCUGAGGCUGUACUGGAGAGAAUUAUGUUUAAUUUCUCGGGAAGCCAGGCUUACUGGGUAUUUUUUUCCAUACAAGGCCUCUGAUGCUGCUUGAACAAA